AUGGAUAAGACAAGGACAUUGCUUUUCUCGCUGCUCUUGUUCACAUUCCUCACAACCAUAUUAUCUCAAGGAACACUCUGUAACAAAGAUGACAAAAAUACCCUCCUCAAAAUCAAGAAAUCCCUAAACAACCCCUACCACCUCGCCUCGUGGCAACCUGAAACAGACUGUUGCUCAUGGUACUGCCUCGAGUGCGGCGACGCCACCGUUAACCACCGUGUCCCCGCCCUAACCAUAUUCUCCGGCGGGAUAUCCGGUCAGAUCCCGCCUGAAGUCGGCGACUUGCCGUAUCUGGAGACACUUAUCUUCCGCAAACUCACUAAUCUCACCGGUCAAAUCCAACCCACCAUCGCUAAUCUCAAGAAACUCCGGAUCCUCAGGCUCAGCUGGACGAAUCUUACCGGUCCAGUUCCUGAUUUUCUCAGCCAGCUUAAGAAUCUCCAGUUCUUAGACCUUUCCUUCAAUGAUCUCUCUGGCUCCAUACCAGCUUCUCUCUCUUUGUUACCUAAUCUCUAUUCUCUUGAUCUCAGCAGAAACAAACUUACAGGUCCAAUACCAGAGUCAUUUGGGUCGUUUAUAGGAAGAGUCCCUGACCUUUACCUUUCACACAACCAGCUCUCCGGUUCAAUACCCAAAUCACUAGGCAAUCUCGAUUUUAACCGGAUCGAUUUCUCCCGGAACAAGCUCCAAGGUGAUGCGUCGAUGUUGUUUGGAGCCAACAAAACGAUAUGGUCCGUUGAUUUAUCGAGAAACAUGUUCCAGUUCGAUCUCUCCAAAGUGGAGAUCCCUAAGACACUUGGUACCUUGAACUUGAAUCACAAUGGAAUCACAGGGAAUAUUCCGGUUCAGUGGACCGAAACUCCUCUUCAGUCCUUCGAUGUUAGCUACAACAGACUCUGUGGACAAAUCCCCAGUGGAGGGAGUCUUCAGAAGUUUGAUUCUUAUGUCUAUGCUCACAACAAGUGUUUGUGCGGUGCACCUCUUGAUAGUUGCAAGUAA